AGCCAUGGAGGAGCCGCAGCCCAGGCCCAGCCCGCGGGCUCCUGCAAGCCGCACCUGGAGAAGCUGACCCUGGGGGUCACCCGCAUCCUGGAAUCAUCCCCAGGUGUGACAGAGGUGACCAUCAUAGAAAAGGCACCUGCUGAACGUCAUAUGAUUUCUUCAUGGGAACAAAAAAAUAACUGGCUGCCUGAGGAUGUCAAGAAUUUUUACCUGGUGACCAAUGGCUUCCACAUGACAUGGAGUGUGAAGCUGGAUGAGCACACCAUCCCAUUGGGCAACAUGACAAUUAAUAGUAUCACAAAACUGACUCAACUCAACCAGUCUUCCAUGUACUCACUUCCUAAUGCACCAACUCUGGCUGACCUGGAGGACAAUACACAAGAAGCCAUUGAGAACCAGCCAGAGAAGCCCCACUUUGACUCUCACACUGUGAUAUUUGAGCUGGACCUUUGCAACAGGAAUGGGAAGGUUUGCCUCAUCCACAAAAAAGGGAAACCAGCAUUAGCACAAGACACUGAGAUCUGGUUCCUGGACAGAGCACUGUACUGGCAUUUCCUCACAGAUACCUUUACCGCCUAUUACCGCCUGCUCCUCACGCACCUGGGCCUGCCCCAGUGGCAGUACGCCUUCACCAGCUAUGGCAUCAGCCCACAGGCCAAGCAAUGGUUCAACAUGUAUAAGCCCAUCACCUACAACACGAGCCUGCUCACUGAAGAGACUGACUCCUUUGUGAACAAGCUGGAUCCCAGCAAAGUGUUCAAGAGCAAGAACAAGAUCUUAAUCCCCAAAAAGAAAGGGCCUGUUCCAUCUGCAGGCAGCCAGAAAGGGCCCUCGGGUCCUCCCUCCACCCCCUCCACCCCUAAAUCCUCCUCUGGCUCUGGAAACCCUGUGCGGAAAUGAGUCUCCCUCCCCUGCCCCCAGCUCCCUGCAGCCCCACAGUGAUGAUUUCCAUGCACAGAUGCCCAGGGGGGCCCAAGCCUGAGGGCCUCCUCCCAUCUGAGUGACCAAACCCUAGGCCUCUUACUCCCAUGAAUUAGCCAGGAGUUGGAAGGGCAUACUCAGGUCGCCCCGAGAGUCCUCCUCUCAUGCCACCCCUACCUCCAGAAGCUGUGCAAAAUUUUAGAUCUUAAUUUAAAGUAGCCAAAUAGAUCUGUUCAGAGGUUCCUCUCUUCCCAGCAGCAGCCCCCCAGCAGUGACUGAGGAGUGCCCCAAAGAAGCCGCUGGUUUAGAA